GCAUUAAGACUGCUCUUGCUACUCACCAUCACAUAUUCUUUCAUCUUUAGCGACACACUAGCAACUGACUCCAAUGAUCUCAAGACAUACAUUGUGUACAUGGGUGACCUUCCAAAAAAGAGUGAUUUUUCUGCGACAUCACAACACACUAACAUGCUACAACAAGUUAUUGGCAGCCGGGCAUCAAAAUCUUUACUUUGGAGCUAUAAGAGGAGCUUUAAUGGUUUCGUCGCCAAACUUACUGAAGAUGAGAAAAACCAACUAGCUCAAAUGGAGGGUGUGGUGUCAGUUUUCCCAAGCCGCAAAAAACAACUACAUACAACAAGAUCAUGGGACUUCAUGGGAUUUCCUCAAGAUGUCAAAAGAGCUCCUCUUGAAAGCGACGUCAUCGUCGGCAUGCUAGACACUGGCGUCUGGCCCGAAUCCGACAGCUUCAAGGACGACGGGUUCGGUCCUCCACCAGCUAAGUGGAAGGGCUCAUGCGACACCACCAAUUUCACAUGCAAUAACAAACUCAUCGGAGCAAAAUACUACAACACCGAGGGUCUAGUCAGAGACGAAGAUCUGUCGGUAAGAGAUACCGAGGGCCAUGGUACACACACUGCAUCCACCGUAGCUGGACGUGCAGUAAACAACGCGAGCUUGUUAGGUUUAGCUAACGGGACGGCUAGAGGAGGUGUUCCAUCGGCUCGUAUAGCCGCUUACAAGAUUUGUUUUCCUGGGGGCUGUUCCGAAGCUGAUAUCUUAGCGGCUUUUGACGAUGCAAUUGCUGAUGGAGUCGAUAUCAUUUCACUUUCAGUUGGAGGAUCUAUCCCUUUAGAUUAUUUUGAAGAUUCUAUCGCCAUUGGAGCUUUUCAUUCUAUGAAGAAUGGGAUUCUUACAUCCAAUUCCGCUGGAAACGAUGGCCCUAGUCCGGGAUCAAUUACUAAUUUGUCACCUUGGUCGUUAUCGGUUGCUGCCAGCAGCAUUGACCGGAAGUUUAUGACUCAGGUUGUGUUAGGAAACAAUGUUACUUACGAGGGACCUGCGGUAAACACAUUUGAUGGCGCGAUUCAUCCAAUAGUUUAUGGUGCAUCAGUGCCUAAUACGAAGGAAGGAUUUACAUCGGACGAAUCUAGAUACUGUGAGCCGGAUUCUUUAGAUCCUACUUUGGUAAAAAAUAAGAUUGUCGUAUGUGAGGAUCUUCUAGGACCGGAUAGUGCGUUACAAUCGGGUGCAAGUGGUUGCGUGGUCGAAGGUGAUUUUGGCUAUGAAGAUUUCGCCUUCACUUAUAUUCUACCAACAACGUAUUUGAGCAGCAAAGAUGGAAAUGCUGUUCUACAUUACAUAAACUCGACCACAACGCCAAGUGCAAACAUCCUAAAAAGUUACGAACCUGUUGACAAAGCAGCCCCAACUGUGGUUUCCUUCUCGUCAAGGGGCCCGAGCCAAAUUACACUAGAUAUUCUCAAGCCUGAUUUAACCGCACCUGGAGUAGACAUUUUAGCCGCAUGGUCAGAGGGUACAACCGUCACCGGGGAAGAAGGAGACACUCGUGUUGUCCCGUUUAAUAUAAUCUCUGGGACAUCUAUGUCUUGCCCUCAUGCAGCUGGAGCCGCUGCUUACGUUAAAUCAUUCCACCCGACUUGGUCCCCUGCUGCUAUAAAGUCAGCUCUUAUGACUACAGCUGCACCAAUGAGUCCAACUAAAAACACUGAUGCUGAAUUUGCUUAUGGUUCUGGCCAUAUCGACCCGUCAAAGGCUGUUGACCCAGGUUUGGUCUAUGAUGCCGGAGAACAAGAUUUCGUGUCAUUUUUAUGUGGGCAAGGUUACAGUGCCGCCAACUUGAAAAUCGUCACCGGUGAUGCAAGCGCUUGCUCGGCUUCCAAUAACGCAACAGUUUGGGACUUAAACUAUCCUUCUUUUGCUCUCUCAACUAAGCAGUCUGGUAGCAUCAGCCGAACCUUCAACAGGACGGUUACUAAUGUGGGAGCACCAAAUUCUUCGUACAAGGUUAAUGUGGUUGCACCAUCAGGGAUGGUGGUGAAGGUUAAUCCAAGCAGUCUUACGUUCAAAGCAGUUGGAGAGAAACAAUCCUUUGUAGUGACAGUUAAUUCUACAACUGGAUCAGAUGCGCUUUCGGGGUCGUUGGUUUGGAGCGAUGGAGUCCAUAAUGUUACUAGUCCCAUUGUUGCGUUUGUUUCUUGAAAAAACAAAAUACACUUUUAGUUCGCUGUUUUUUGUUGGUCAAAUAAUUAGCUCCACUGACAUCGAGUAAAAUCAGCGUCAUUUUGUCUUAUUUAUAGUUUAAGAAUCUUGAUGUUGUAUUGAAAGAUCACGCAUGAAUAAGAAAGGGGUUAUUUGUUGUAUUAA